ACUAGAAGCGACCACCAGGGGCAGUGUUUCCUGUAGAGAGGACUUUAUUCUGCCCACCGAUCUCUUCCUCAGUCAACGAAGCCAGAGCGGAUGUCAACAUAAACGACAGAUCGCGGCAUUGUAACUUCACGCUAACCUGCGAGAAUGGCGGACGAGGAGGACGAAACUGGCUUCGACGACGAGCUGGAGGACGCCUCCAGCGGAGUGGACGUCGGCCACGGCAAGCGGAAGAGGCUCUUCUCCAAGGAGCUCCGCUGCAUGAUGUAUGGGUUUGGAGACGACCAGAAUCCGUACACCGAGUCCGUGGAUAUCCUGGAGGAUCUGGUGAUCGAGUUUAUUACCGAAAUGACCCACAAAGCCAUGUCUAUCGGACGCCAAGGCCGCGUCCAGGUGGAGGACAUCGUUUUCCUUAUACGCAAGGACCCCAGGAAGUUUGCCAGAGUCAAAGACCUACUGACCAUGAACGAGGAGCUGAAGAGAGCCCGAAAAGCCUUCGACGAAGCCAAUUAUGGGUCCUAAUGUCUUAUUGGGGCGCUUUUUAUUUGUAAUACUUUAGAUUUUUAUCUCACUUGUCGUUAUUAGUGGAGCGGGUAUCGUGCUAUUUGGCACUGUAUAAAUAAAGUAACUAGUACAAGA